AUGAAAGCUUACAACUUCAUGCCAUGUCUAAUUUUAUUUUUUGUCCAACUAAUUACCCCUUGUGUUGUAGGAGGAAAAGUUCCAGCAAUUAUCGUAUUCGGCGAUUCGACGGUAGAUAGUGGGAAUAAUAAUCAAAUUUUAACUGUUCUUAGGAGCAAUUUUCCACCUUAUGGACGUGAUUAUUAUGAUAAAAAGGCAACAGGAAGGUUUUGUAAUGGACGUAUUCCACCAGAUUUUAUAUCUGAGGCUUUUGGUUUGAGACCAUUUGUGCCUGCUUAUUUAGAUCCAAUGUGUAAUAUAACUGAUUUUGCUGUUGGAGUUUGUUUUGCUUCUGCUGGUACUGGUUAUGAUAGUGCCACUUCUCAUGUUCUAAAUGUGAUGCCAUUAUGGAAGGAAAUAGAGAACUACAAGGAGUAUCAAAAGAAACUAGAAGCAUAUGUAGGGAUCCAAAAAUCAAAAUAUAUAAUACAAGAAGCACUUUAUAUUGUAAGCAUGGGAACAAAUGAUUUCUUGGAGAAUUACUUUGCAAUGCAAAGUGUACGUGCAUUUCAAUACACAACAGAACAAUAUCGAGGGUUUAUUAUUGGACAUGUUGAGAAUUUUAUUAAAGAAAUUUAUCAACUUGGAGCUAGGAAAAUAUCAUUAACUGGACUUCCUCCAAUGGGUUGUUUACCUUUAGAAAGAGCAGCAAAUAUGUUACGAGGACAAGGUGAUACAUGCAAUAACAACUAUAAUGAUUGUGCUUCGAAGUUUAAUGAGAUGUUGAGUUCUUUGAUUCAAAAGUUAAAUAAGGAGCUUCCUGGGAUUAGAAUAGCUUUUGCUAAUCCUUAUGGUAUCAUACUUCAAAUGGUCCAAAAUCCUGCCUCAUUUGGAUUUGAAGUGGCACGUAUAGCAUGUUGUGGCACAGGAUUAUUCGAAAUGAGUUACUUAUGUAAUAAGUUAAAUCCACUCACAUGCCCUGACCCAAAUAAGUAUGUUUUUUGGGAUUCUUUCCAUCUCACCCAAAAAACUAACCAAAUUAUCACCAAUUCCUUGAUGAAAAAUGUCCUCCAUCAAUUUGUGUAAUAUCAUGUAUUUUGUAUACCUAGAUCGAUAGAUUUUAUACCUUGUGUUGUUUUUUAGUUUGAUUUGCUAGAUUGUAUAUC